AUGAAUAAGAAUGGGAAUGAGAAUGAAGAUUUGGGGAAUGUAGAAUCUAGUGAAAGUGAAGAUGCCAAUGUUGAAUGUGGACCUCUAAACAUUUAUGACCCUAGUAAUUGGGACAAGAUUGAUCAAAAUUUAAGGGAUUUAUUAGUUAAAAGAGGUCCUAUAAGAGGUAAUGGUGUGAAUUUUCCCCUAGCUGACAAAGAUAGGCAUUUUUCUUCUACAUUUUACAUGCAACAGUUACAAAAUAGAGAGAAGCAGGAUAAGAAGUGGCUAGUAUAUUCAGAUGCUUCAGACAAAGUGUUUUUCUUUUGUUGCAAGUUGUUUAAGCAAGAUGGGAACAAUAUUCGUUUGGCUAUUGAUGGAUUGAAAGAUUGGAAGAAUAUGGGCAACAGGCUUAGAAGUCAUGAAACUAGUAAUGAGCACUUUAUAUGCAUGAGCAAAUGGCUUGAAUUGGAAAGUAGAUUGAAGAAGAAUGAAACAAAUGAUAGAAGUGUUCAAGAACAAAUCAACAAAGAGAGAGAACACUGGAGACAAGUGUUACUAAGGAUAAUUGCUAUUGUGAUCACUCUUGCUAAAAAUAAUUUAGCUUUUCAUAGAGACAAUGAGAAGAUUUAUCAAGAAAGAAAUGGAAUCUUUUUAAGCUUAAUUGAAAUGCUUGCCAAAUUUGAUCCAGUAAUGCAAAAGCACAUUCAACAUAUUCAAAGGAGUGAAAUUCAUUACCAUUAUCUUGGUCACAAAAUCCAAAAUGAAUUGAUACAGAUGUUAGCGAGUGAGAUCAGGAGUACGAUUGUGGCAAGAAUCAAAGAAACGAAAUAUUUUUCAAUUAUUCUUGAUUGUACUCCAGAUGUUAGUCAUGAAGAAGAAAUGUCUCUUGUGAUAAGAUGCGUAAAUGUUUCAACUAGUCCGGUAAAGAUAGAAAAAUUGAAGGUGGAUGAUACAUCAGGGUUGGGACUUUUUAUUGUACUUAGAAAGGCAUUACACAUACUCCAACUUGAUAUUGGUGAUAUAAGAGGGCAAGGAUAUGAUAAUGGCUCUAAUAUUAAAGAGAGACACAAAGGUGUACAAAAAAGAGUACUUGAAAUAAAUCCAAGAGCAUUCUACACGCCAUGUGGGUGUCAUAGUCUUAAUCUUGCCCUUUGUGAUAUGGCUACCUAUUGUUCCAAAGCCAUCUAUUUCUUUGGAGUGGUACAAUGCAUAUAUGUGUUGUUUUCAUCUUCUACACAGAGGUGGAAAAUUUUCAGAGACAAUGUGGAAGGUCUCACACUUAAGCCAUUAUCACAAACUCGUUGGGAAAGUCGCAUUGAAAGUGUUAAAGCUAUACGGUACCAAGCUCCACAAAUUAGAGAUGCUUUCAUUUAG